CUCACAGUAACGUGCGCGCACAUCAUGUGCAGUGCAGGCUCAUCAACAAUACCAAUAUUAGAGUCGAACUCGAUACAUGUCAUCGUCUCAGGCAUUCAUUUAGAUCUGUAAGUCUAGCUAGCUUAAUCUUAUUGAGCAGAAAGAGAGGCAGUGAGUGAGAUUGUUAUCGAAUGGAAAAACCCUCCUGGGUUCCUACUUUGGUGGCUCAGGCAUGUUUGUGCUUUAGUCUGUACCUUGCUUUUCAACUGGGUCAGCCUCAGAAGCCUAUGUACCAUGGUACAAGUGGGACGACGAGACCCCUUGAUCUUUACUUUAUCAGCGUUGGAGGGGGCUUCAGACCUCUCAAUCAACAGACCCAUCUUCUCAAACAGAUGGAGAAGGUGGUAAAGAAGUACAAGGCAAAGUUCGUGGUGGACAUUAGUGAUCUUGGGAAAGAUGAUCCGCUCAUGCAGAAUGGUACCCUGCUUUUCUCAUCACUGAAACUUCCCUGGUACACCACUAGAGUUUCAGAAAGACAUGGAGGAGGUUACUUCCAAAAGAAGAUCAAUUUACCUUACGAGAAAACCUUAGAUGUUAUUGUGGUGGAUACUGGAUUGUUACAGGGCACCAGAUCAUUAGGUGGGUUCGGAAACAAUCAGUUACAUUGGCUGAAAGGGACACUAGAAGCAACCAGUAGUAACUGGCGCAUAGUCGUUGGAUUCCACCCAUUGGCUAUUUGUGAAGAUGGUGAGGGGGGAAUGGGAGCAAAGAAAGUUUUUGAGCCUCUACAACUUAUUUUUAUGAAAUUUGAAGUGAAUGCAUACUUAAGUGCGCAGGGUUGCGCUAGCAGUGUCCGACGACGCAGCCUGAGCUACCUUGGGAACCCGGGCCAAAUGGAGGAUGGGUUUCUUCUUCAUAGAGUCAGCACACUAGAGAUUGUAACCUACUUUGUUAGCUCAGGUGGGGAAGUUGUGCAUAAAUCUGUACUCCAUCAGAGGGGUAAGGAGAUCAUGUAAAUUGUGUUCAAGAGGACCAAGCUCUACCCGUUCUUUUAAGCCAUGGACAAACUACCACCACUCUUUUAACAAUUUGUCUCCCAGAUUUAUUCUGUGUGUAAAAGUAAAAGCUAAAACCUUCAUCUUUUUGACAAUAGGAAUUAGAUAAUUCGUUCACAUAUGUUGCUUUUACCUGCUUCAAGUGUGUUAAGAGCCUAUGGGUAGAACUUGCCCCUAAAAAUCAGCUUGUAAUGGAAGGGUGGCUUAUGAAUUACACUUUUGUCCUUCUCACAGGCAAUUGUGUG